CCUCCUCUCCUUUUAAGCAGGAUGUUGAUAAUGCUGACAGUGGCAAUGUAAGCAUAGACAGUCAUGCCAAUGAGAUUAGUGAGGCCCAGAGACGGGAGAAGAAGCUGAAAGGUAGAAUACAGGAGUUGAUGAUUACUCUGGAGAAACUCUCACGAAACUCAGAGAUUCGACAGCAACAAUCAACGGAAUUUGUGAAUGACUUGAAGCGUGCCAAUUGUGCCUUGAUAUCAGCUUUUGAAAAAGCCAAGAAAAAAUACCAGAGCCGCUUGAAAAAGAUGGAAACUCAGAUGCAAGAGAUGAAGAAACAGUAUGAAAAACAAUUGCGUCAAAAUGAGAAUCGGCCAGCAUUGCCAGAUGACAAGACUCAUGCUGCUGCCUCUACAAAUGAGACAUCCCUAUAGCAACACACCACACACCCACUCCCAAUCCCUUCUCCUACUACUACUCCCUUUUGAAUUCCAUGGCAGCCCAUCCUCUCUCCACCAUUAUCACUAGCCUGCCCACCACCAACAACGCCUUUAUUUAUUUCAAACUACUUUUUACAACUUAUUACUCACCCCACUCCCUUUACACACAUUCAACACAUAUUUUUCGCUUGUUUUAUAUAAAAUAUAUAUGUGUGUGUGUGUGUGUGUGUGUGUGUGUGUGUAUAUAUAUAUAUAUAUAUACGUAAUUAUGUAAUAUAUGUGUAUAUUUGUGUUUGAACACACACACACAUAUUCUUUACCGGUUUCAGUCAUGCUGGAGUACUGUGCUGAAGAGAUUAAGUCAAUCAUAUCAUCUUCAGUGGUUAUAUCAGAGUAGUGUCUGACAGGUUAAGUUACCUUUUGAUAUGAAGGGAUGCAAAACAAGUCAAUCUACAAACAAAUUACAAAUAUACACUCAUAAACACACACACUUACACACAUACAUAUACACACUCAUAUACACAUACAUGUAUACACACUCAUAGAUAGAGGUACCUUUUCUUUUCUAUUACUUUUCUCAGUCAUCGGAUUGCAGUAAUGCUGAGGCAUUGCCUUGAGGAAUUUUAGUUGAUAUAUAUAUAUAUAUAUAUAUA